AUGGCGUCAACAGUCUCGGAAACAUCAUCAGGAUUACUACUUGCGGAUACCGCUACAUCUCCGACACCUACAUCUUCUAAUACCACACCGGUCAACCCGUCGACGGACACACCCAAGUCCGGAACAAGCGCAUCUGCUUCCGCAACACACACCCCAAGCUCUGCACCGCUAUCCACGGGAUCCAUCGUAGGCAUAGCGGUGGGGUCCAUCGCCGCACUAGUCCUACUCAUCUCGUUUCUGCUCUUCGCUUUCGGCUUCCGCAUCAGACGCGCAAAGUGGCGAGGCGACCCCAACAGCACCGAAGAACCGAAGCUGAGUGAUAACAAGGGCGCGGCAGCCGGCGGCCCAACGCCCCACCACGGAAAGGCAGAGCUCGAGGACGCCGAGUACACGCGGAGGCUCGAGAGGCUGCACGACGGUGGGAAGCCUGAGCUGGAGGGAGACAGACCACGGAAGAGUGGGUGGGGGGCUUUCUCGAUUAAAUCCAUGACGAAACGGGGAUCACGACCUGCUCCUGCUGAGCUUGACACUCGACCUAUGACAUCGGGGCCCCAUGAACUCCCCGGCGAUAGUCCUUUUCAAGCUGGCAGUGAGAAGCUGCGGGAUUUGUGGAGGGCUGCAUAG